UUUACAAUCCUCUAGACUACAUCAGAAAACAAACCUAAGAGCUUAACCAAAACCAAUGGCGAUUAUCUCUGAGAUGCAAGAGGAGAAGAGACCUUCGGUGCCGUUCGAGGCAAGUCUUGAUCCUUCAAACCCUCUAGGGUUUUUGGAGAAAGCUUUUGACUUUAUCGGGAAAGAGAGCGACCUUCUGUUGAAAGACUCGGCAGAAAAGGAUAUCGCCACCGCUGUGACGGCCGCGAAUAAGAGGUUGAGUGAAGCAGAGAAGAAGAAGGCGGAGAAGGAGACGGUGAAGCCCAUUGAGAAGAAGUCGACGAAGGAGAGCUUGCCUCCGAUGGAGCCCAUGGAGGUGGAGAAGCCAAAGAAGGAAAGCUUGAAGCCCACGGAACCCAUGGAGGUCGAUAAGCAGGAGGAAGAAAAAUCGGGUCCCAUCGUUCCCAACAAAGGAAACGGUCUUGACUUUGAGAAGUACUCAUGGACACAGAAUCUCCAGGAGGUCACAGUCACCAUUCCAGUUCCUUGCGGCACCAAGUCACGCUCAGUCACCUGUGAGAUCAAGAAGAACCGUCUGAAAGUUGGUCUCAAAGGACAAGAACCAAUCGUCGAUGGAGAGUUCUUCAAUGCUGUCAAGCCUGACGACUGCUUCUGGAACAUCGAGGAUCAAAAGGUCGUAUCGGUGCUCUUGACAAAGCAGGACCAGAUGCAGUGGUGGAAGUGCUGUGUGAAAGGGGAACCCGAGAUUGACACUCAGAAGGUUGAACCAGAGAGCAGCAAACUGUCUGAUUUGGACCCGGAAACUCGGAGUAGCGUUGAGAAGAUGAUGUUUGAUCAGAGGCAGAAGCAGAUGGGGCUCCCGACGAGUGAUGAGAUAGAGAAGCAGGAUAUGAUGAAGAAGUUUAUGUCUCAGCAUCCUGAGAUGAAUUUCUCUAAUGCAAAGUUUAACUGAUCUUAAUUCCUUGUUCUCUCUUUUUAAUUUUUUUUAUUUUAACUAUCAUCUUGUUAUUCUGGCUUUAAGAUUUAAUCUACCCUUUUGGUUUUGUUCAAGAAAUUUGUUGUU